AUGGCUUCGACACAAUCUCUAAACCCGCCGCCAGGCAGCAGCAAUGAGAAGGCACCAGAGUUCACACCAUCGUCCUCAGAAGCACCGCAGGACGCUGUGGACGUUACUCCGGACCGGCCUGCUGAAGAGACAUGGGAGGACAUCCCCGAGGAGAUCAUAUCUUUGAGCAUCCGUACACGAGUUCGGCUCACCGACAAUGACUUGAAGGUGAUGCCCUCGGAGACGUUACGUCUGCAACAAGAGCAGAAUGCCACGAAGGAGAAGAUUCGGGACAAUGGGGAGAAGAUCACGCAGGACAAGGUCUUGCCUUACCUUGUGGCGAAUAUAGUCGAGAUUCUGGACGUGAAUUCUGAAACUGAGGACGGCAGCGCGAACCGAGACCUUGACUCUAUGCGCAAGGGGAGAUUCGCCGUCAUCAAGCCCUCGACACAACAAACCGUCUUCUUCCCGCUCACCGACCUCGUCCCGCCCGAGAAUCUCAGACCCGGCGAUCCCCUCGCGGGGCUGGAGAAGCAGAUCGAGGGGCUAAUUGAGGCGAUUGUCCUGCUCGUGGAGCGAGCGGACGGGCUCAAGGCGCCUGGCAUCAAGCCUCCGAAGGGUUCUCUCAUGUAUGGUCCUCCGGCAGGGUCGAUAAGUGCCGUUUGGGACAUCGUCUGGUUCGUCCCUCUCGACCGGAUUGAGUUCGUCAUGAAGGCCACCAUUUUCAAGAGUUUUUGCAACCGCCACAACGCCGCAAUGGCGCAGGCUUCCAUCUCCCCGCCCACUCGGGUGCCCCCAUGGCCCGCACCCAGUCCCGCGCGGCCUCCGUCACGAGUCCCUUUACUACAACCGUGUGUCGUUCAUCGCGUCGUUCGCAGGGCCGGCUUCGGCACAAACGUCUCGAUGAAGCCGGAGGUGCUUCCCACCUCCCAUGUGGCACACGAGGAAGAGUCGUUUGGCAACCAUCUUCGUGUUCGGAUUCCGCAAAUCGUCCUCGCCGCGAUGACGCACCGGAAGCUGUAUGGCAUCGACUCUGCGGACGGCGCGGUGAACGGUGGGCGAUGGAGAUGCGCCGCAGGUCGUUGUCUUGUGGGCAUGACCCUCUUCCAUGUGGACGCGCUGGCGGGCGAACAUGCAAGAGGCGUGCUGGUAUCUGCUGAUGGAUUCGACAUCAUUGCCUGGCCCGUCAUUGAAGUGUACUUGCUCCGCAGCGGCUCCCAAGAACCCGUCGUCAUGCUAGAUGAGCGCACGUCUAUCUUCGAAACGGAAGAAAUCAAGGAAGCCUCUGUCAACUCGUCCCAUCCAUCUUCUCCCUUCGUAACGGUGCUUCCGGCCAGCGUCGAUUCUCCGGACACAGAACCUCGUCCGAGGUCGACUCCACCGACAAGCAUAUAA